AUGUGUGGUUUGAACGUAGUUCAGCUACGAGAAGAACUACAGAAACGAAGCCUUGUCACAAGUGGCAACAAAGAAGUACUAGUAGCACGUCUGAGAGAAGCUCUCAUUGACGAAGGUAAGAACCCAGACGAAUUCAAGUUUGAUGGUGCUGACGAAGACAAUGAAAUUAGCACAGGCACGUUUACAACCGCUAAAAUGAUGGAACUUCUGCUUAGUAUGUCAACUGAAAUAAAACAACAGAUCAAAGAACAGUCCGAACAACAGUCCGAACGACAGGCAGAAGAGUUAAAACAACAGAUCAAGGAACAGUUCGAACGACAGACAGAGGAGUUAAAACAGAUCAAGGACCAGCUAAAACACGUAAAAUUGGAAGUGGCAGAACAGAUUGAAGAACAGUCAACAAGAAUAGAAAUGAUCGAGCAGAAACUUGAUCGUCAGACCGUUGAGGUAGAUCACAAGAUAGACAAAUUGAAGCGAGAAUUGGAGCAAUCCAAAAAAAUGGCCAUGCCGUUAGAUCACGCAUCCGGAAGAACUUUGAAGGUACCAGCAUUUGACGGAGAGAUGUCCUGGAACAUUUAUAAAACCCAGUUCGAAGCAGCGGCAACUAGUAACUGUUGGAACGGAAAAGAACGAGCAACAGCACUGAUACUGGCUCUGCGAGGUUCAGCAGCAGAGGUUCUUCAGACGAUUCCGCCGGAGAACCACUUCGACUAUGAAGUUCUGCAGCUGGCACAAGAUAUCGAACGGUUGACAUUGCUGUCGUAUCCGACAUCAGACCCCGAGCAUAGAGACGAAACUGCCCUGGAUACGUUUAUCAAAGCCUUUCGUGAUUCGGAACUCAAGCAAUCCCUUCUCUUGUCAGAUAAACGAAAACUCAAGGAUGCCGUUGCGCACAGUCUCACUUUUGAAUCGGCAAAGCAAGCAUCAAAAAGUGACGUACAUGAAGAAUGCCCUUGCCAGAAGGUGGUUGUGAAACGCGAACCUCAACAGCAUGGUGUACCUCAAUGCUGGAUUUGUAGUGAAAAAGGCCAUCUACGUCGUGAUUGUAAACACCGCCUAAAAGAUAACUACUGCCGAAAUUGCGCGACAAGAUGGCGCAAAAGAAGAGAAGAUGAUCCUGUAUCACGAUCGGCCCCUUCUAACGAAGGGGCGGGAAAACUAAUAAAAGCCAACUUUUCGGGCUGA